CUUUCCUUUCCUUUGGGAAAAGUCCUUCUUUGACCCCAACAGACCAUUUCACCACCGGAUCCUGUUGUCAAUUCGACCUCCUAUACCUCCAAUUCUUUCAUCAUGCCGAUCGCCAACGGUGAUGGUGCUCUUGCUGGCACUCCCCUCCGCCGCGAGAUUGAAAAUCUCGACUAUCGAGACGCUCUCAAGGUUCUCGAGGCCGAAUAUCCAUCAAAAGAUGGCCUAGACAUCCACACCCUUCUUGACUCAAAGGAAAAUGGAGCACUCACAUACAAUGAUUUCCUCAUUUUGCCAGGAUACAUUGGUUUUGCUGCUGCCGAAGUCACUCUCGAUUCGCCCGUCACCAAGCGCAUUUCCCUGAAAACUCCCCUUCUCUCGUCUCCUAUGGACACAGUCACUGAAGAGAACAUGGCAAUUCACUUGGCUCUUCUUGGUGGUCUGGGUGUCAUCCACCACAACUGUUCUGCCGAUGAACAGGCGGACAUGGUCCGAAAAGUCAAGAGAUAUGAGAACGGUUUCAUCUCGGAUCCUAUUGUCUUGUCUGCAAAGACCACUGUCGGCGAAGCCAAAGAGUUGAAGGAGAAAUGGGGUUUCGGUGGCUUCCCUGUCACAGAGACGGGCGAGCUCAAGUCGAAAUUGAUUGGAAUCAUCACCACCAGAGAUAUCCAAUUCCAUCCUCGACCCGAUGACCUGGUCACAGAGGUCAUGUCCACUGACCUGAUCACUGCUCCUGCUGGCACCACAUUGGCCGAAGCAAAUGCAGUGCUCCGCGAGUCUCGCAAGGGCAAACUUCCGAUUGUCGAUAACGAGGGCAAUUUGGUGUCACUUUUGUCACGAUCUGAUUUGCUCAAAAACCUCAACUAUCCUCUGGCCUCCAAAAUGCCACAUUCGAAGCAACUCAUUUCUGCGGCAGCUAUUGGUACGCGACCAGAUGACAAGAACCGUCUCCAAAAGCUCGUCGACGCAGGGCUGGACAUUGUCGUCUUGGACAGCAGCCAGGGUAACAGUCUUUACCAGAUUGAGAUGGUCAAGUAUAUCAAAGAAACAUACCCUCAGAUUGAUGUGAUUGCCGGAAACGUGGUAACACGGGAACAAGCAGCCAGUUUGAUUGCUGCUGGUGCUGAUGGUCUCCGCAUCGGCAUGGGCAGUGGCAGUGCGUGCAUUACGCAAGAAGUCAUGGCUGUCGGUCGACCACAGGCGGCUGCGGUGUUUGCCGUGUCGUCGUUCGCAGCCCGCUUUGGAGUUCCAUGUAUUGCCGACGGCGGCAUUCAGAACGUGGGACACAUUGUUAAGGGUCUUGCCAUGGGUGCAUCUACCGUCAUGAUGGGCGGUCUUCUUGCUGGGACCACCGAGUCCCCAGGCAAUUACUUUGUCAGUCGCGAAGGCAAGCUCGUCAAGGCUUAUCGUGGCAUGGGAAGUAUUGACGCCAUGGAGGACAAGAAGGCUGGUGGAGGAGCUAAGGACUCCAAAGCCAGUAAUGCGGGCACGGCAAGAUAUUUCUCCGAAGGUGAUCGACUGCUGGUGGCUCAAGGUGUUUCAGGAUCUGUGUUGGAUCGAGGCUCAGUCACCAAGUUUGUUCCCUACCUUUUGGCAGGACUGCAACACUCUCUGCAAGACAUUGGCAGCAAGAGUUUGGUCGAGCUGCGGGAGGAUGUGGUCAGUGGCAAGGUGCGAUUUGAGCUUCGAACAGUGAGUGCUCAAGCCGAGGGCAACGUGCACGGCUUGGACAGCUUCGACAAGAAGCUGUACUCUUGAUUGAGAGAGUCGAUGCAUGUGAGGGGAUGGCAUCAAGCAGGGCGCGGGUCGGCGUUAAGGAGGGAUUUGUUCCAUGAUAUAAAAAUUGGCCCAGUUUUGCAUUGGCAGUGAUGUGUACAUGAAUUAAAGAUUGAUGCUCACGCUUGAGACGAGUCCACGUACAGUAGAUGGAGGACGUAAUUGUGAAUUGUACUGUUAGACACCUUGAAGCUUUGGGUAUCUUGAUGCUUGUGUCUGUAUAUGGGCUGUUGUCUUCAAGCGCAGGUAAUUCCAU